GGAAAAGAGGAGCUGGAGGUUGAAUUCACAAUGGAGAGCAGUCCAGACCCUCCUGAAAACAUUGUUACUAAUGGAGUUUUAGUGUCCCGUGAAGUUUCCUGUUUGGAGGUACAGGUGAAUGGCGGGAAGCUGAGGAAGGACAGUACGGAGAGAAAGUUUGCGUUAACUGUGGACGGGUCUUACGAAGGAACUCAGACCCACACGCUGAGCUCCUGCCUCUGCCCGACCUCCCCGGCCAGGUUCCACUACAUCAAGUAUAAUCAGUCGGCACUCACCGUGGCACUACCUCGGCGGAGGCGGCUCAGCAGGUCUAUAUCAAGUCAAAAUGAAAGAGAUAUGAACGAGUCUGUGACCCUAGCUCUGAACUCACUUCCUAUACAAGAGAAAAUAACAAUAGCAGAGGACAGGACAAUUGACUUGUACACAAAGGCAAGUGAAUGGACUCAGGGUCUGUGUUUCAGACCAAGAGACCUAGAUGCCCGCCUGGGGUUUGACCUCUGCACUGAUGAACAGAAUUUCCUGCAAAACCGAAGAAAGGUGGUUGCUGCUGCCCUGAAGGAUGUUCUUCAUCUGGAGGAAGAUCUGCAAGAGCAUGAGGUGCCUGUAGUGGCUGUGACCACAGCAGGGUGUGGGAUAAGAGCACUUACUGCCAUGUAUGGCAGCAUUUUGGGUCUUCAAAAGCUGCGUGUUCUGGACUGUGUUUCAUACAUCAGUGGCUCAUCUGGCACAACAUGGACCAUGACAAAACUGUAUGAAGAUGCUGAUUGGUCACGUAAGGAUCUUGGAGAAGUAAUUAUCGAAGCUCGGAAGCAAGCAGCCAAGUGCAAGAUGAAUGCUUUUUGCUUGAGAAGUCUGAGGAAUUAUUACAGAGAGCUGAGCCAAAGGACCCAAGCUGGCCACAAGACAUCUUUUAUUGAUCUGUGGGGGCUCAUGAUUGAAUCCAUGUUAAAUGAUGGGAAAUGCCACCACAGACUUUCUGAUCAACGUCGAGCAGUGAGUCAGGGUCAGAACCCACUGCCCAUCUACCUUGCCCUCAAUGUCAAGGACAAAGUUGCCACCAAAGAUUUUAGAGAGUGGGUGGAGUUUACACCGUACGAGGUGGGCUUCUUGAAGUACGGUGCCUUCAUUCGUGCAGAGGAUUUUGGCAGCGAGUUCUUCAUGGGUCGCCUGAUGAAGAAGCUCCCCGAGUCCCGGAUCUGCUUUAUGCAAGGAAUGUGGAGUAGUAUCUUCUCCAAGAACCUCCUGGAUGCCUGGCAUGCAGCUGACAAUUCAGAGGACUUCUGGCACAGGUGGACCCAAGACAAAGUGACCGAAAUAG